CCUGAUUCUCCAUCAUAUUCUUCUUCAUCUUUCCUUCCACGCGUGCCUUCCUCCUCCAUGGGCCAUGACCUUGGCGGCCUCCUUCAACAACCGACCGUACCGUACCCCUCCUCUUCAUCUUCUUCUCCCUCGGUUAAAUUGUAGGGGUGACCGGCGGCGGCUACUUGCUAAGCAGCGAGAUAGAUGGAGUACGUCGUCGCGCGGGUGCAGGGCCGCACUUACAAUGCCGUGCCUCAGGCUCAGGCUCAGGCUCAGGGUCAGGCCGUCGCCGACCACCGUCCUCCGCCUGUGGUGAUCGCAGAGGACGAGGGGCAGCGCCAUAAUGCAACAACACAGACGGCUGGCUCUUGAACAAGAGGUAGAGGAGCUGAAGCAGCUGUUGUCCAACGAGCAGACGGUGCAUGACAUCCUGGAGCGUGCUCUGCAGCCCAGCUCCGCGAGAUCCGCCGUACUCAGCAUCCCGGCCUUCAUCCCCAAGAAGGCAAAGGAACUGCUUGCAGAGCUGGUGCUUGUGGAAGAAGAGAUCGCACGCCUCGAGAGCCAGAUCGACAAGAUGAAGGGAGGCCUAAGCGCCAUGCAACAAGAACGUGUGGCAACUUACUCGUUGCAGUCGCAUUCGCAGGGCACCAAUGGCAAUGGAGCUGCUACUACACCCACUCCCGCUGACGCCAACAAUCGUCAUUCCUCCAACGACGUCCAGGCCCAGCCGCGGAAUGUGGCGCCUGAGAUCAAGUCCAUGUUCUUCAUCAGCCAGGCCAUGGACGGGGAGUACCUCAAGCGUCACCUCUCAGCUGCCGACGACAAGGUCAAGAGCCCCAAAGAGAGGACAACCGCCGCCGCCGCUGCCAUGAGCCCAAAGCACAGAGACAUAUUUGGCUUGCCGCCCAGGCAUUCCCUUGACAAGGUGUUUCAUCAGUCGGAGAGAAACGUGGAGAAACCACCCAAGAUCCUCCAUGAACUGCCCAUAAUCAAUAGCCCCACAAAGAGGGACGAUCACAAGAUCCAGCCCAACAAGCUGUCAGAGAGGAUCGUGAAAUGCCUCGUGUGCAUCUUCAUCAGACUGCUCAGGUCGUCACGAGUAGCCGAGCUGGAGAAGUCCGGCAACCUCGCGAGGUCCGGCAACCUGCAGGGGAGCUUCAGCUUCAGGAUUGACACCGGGCUGAACGUGGCAGCGAGCGGCGCAAAGGAGAAGGAGAGGGGGCAGCAAGAUCACUACGGCAUCUUCGGAAUCCAGGACGCGAUCGUAAGAGACAUUGGCCCGUACAAGAAUCUCGUCAGGUUCACCUCGAGCUCGUUUGACCUCAGAGGAUUCUCCAGCUCUCCCCUGCUCACCAAGUUGAGGGAGAUGCUGGAGGCGCUACAGCAAGUGGAUUUAAGGUUUCUGAAUCACCAGCAGAAGCUAGCGUUCUGGCUCAACGUAUACAACACCUGUAUCAUGCACGGGAUUUUGCAGCAUGGUUUGCCCUCAAACUCCGAAAAGUUACUUGCACUGAAGUAUAAGGCAACAAUCAAUGUUUCAGGGCAAAAGUUCAAUGCUUUGGUGAUUGAAAAUUUUAUCUUGAGGCAACCAUCCAGCGUGAAAGAAGAAUUCUGGAAAUACGAUGUGGACGUUGAAGAACAGGAAGUAAGGGAACUUUAUGGACUGAAGAUUUCAGAACCUAACAUCCUAUUUGCAUUGUGCUGUGGCAUCAGAUCAUCUCCAGCACUACGGAUAUACAAACCAGAUCGUGUGAUCAUGGAUCUGGAGAAGGCAAAAUUGGAGUAUCUGCAGGCUUCGCUGGUGGUGACCUCGACGAGGAGGCUGAUGAUCCCAAGCCUGACACACUCAAACAUGCAUGACUUUGCAAAGGACAUGGAGUCGCUGGUUCGAUGGAUCUGUGACCAGCUCCCGACAUCUUGGUCCCUGAGAAAAUCCAUGGUUGACUGCCUGAGGGGGCACAUCAAUUUGAAGUCGACGAUCGAAGAGGUGGUGGAUGUGAUUCCGUUUGACUACGAGUUUCAGUACCUGCUGCCCAUGUGAACGAUUAACUACAUUGUUUUUUUCUCCCCAAGCUGCACGCCUGCCAUCUAAGUUACAGUGUUGAUCAUGUACUAUAUCGUUUGACAAGGAAGAAAAGGUUAAUGAUAUAUACGUAUGUAUAUUUGAUCAUGUUAA